CAGGGUAGAGGGAAGGAGGCCAGUGCAGGAAAUCAUGAGGUUCCGGUUCUGUGGCGACUUGGACUGCCCAGACUGGGUCUUGGCAGAGAUCAGCACCUUGGCCAAAAUAUCCUCGGUGAAACUUAAGCUGAUCUGUGCUCAGGUUCUAAAGGAUCUACUUGGCGAGGGAAUUGACUAUGAGAAGAUUCUGAAGCUGACCUCCGAUGCUAAGUUUGAGUCUGGGGAUGUUAAAGCCACCAUCGCGGUGCUCAACUUCAUCCUCUCCAGCGCUGCCAAACAUAAUGUCGACAGCGAGUCUUUAUCCAGCGAGCUGCAGCAGCUGGGGCUGCCCAAAGAACAUGCCACGGGACUGUGCCGGUCCUACGAGGAGAAGCAGAGUGCCUUACAGGACAGCCUCCGGGGAUGCAGCCUGCGACUGAACCGCCUGGAUUCCGUGUCCUGGCGAGUGGAUUACACUCUUAGCUCCAGCGAGCUCCGGCGGGUCAACGAACCGGUCGUGCAUCUCAAGCUUAACACGCAGAACGUUGACAAAGGAGCCUUGGAACCGGUGGUGAUGAUGCUGUCGGCGGAGAAGUUCCGUGUCUUACUUGCAGAGCUGAGGCAGGCCCACGCCCUUCUGAAGACACUCGACUGAGGAGCAUCACAGACGGAGCGCCUCGGAGCCGGAACGAACCAAUCUUUCGGCACCCUGGGAAGUUUUCAGUGGACGAUUGCUCUGCGAGGGGGGGCCCCGUGCACACUGACCCUUGCCCCCCGUCGGCGUGGAGGCCGUUGCCACAACCCAUUCCUCCUCGUGGGAUCCUUGGGCUGAAAACCGAGGCCGAUCCCGCAGUUACAUGGCCGCCGUGGCCCCCAGCCGGUCCCGUAUUUCUGUUACAAAACACCUUCCUGUUGUUGUUCAGCUCCCACCAAAGCCCAGGCGCCAUGAAAUCCGACGGACUCGCCCUCUUUCUCCUAGAUUUUUCACCGUCGGCGGAGCAGGUCGAGGAUGGUCUCCCCUCCGUGGCUAGGGAGAGGUCCCCUUUGGAAGGAAGUCCCUUGCCCAACCACGCUGUCCCAAGUAAAUGGCAGUCGUUCCCCAGCAAGGAGAAACGGAGUAAAGGCCAUGCGACGCAGUCCCUGAGAUGGGGCUACCUCGUUAGGCCUGCUGGAAAUCUGUGCAAAAAUUGUACAGGUCCUCCAAAAACAAGCCACCUGCAAGCUCUUUUGUUCGGGUCUGAAGCUUUACCUGGUCAGUUCACGUGUACAGGAGACCCCAAGAGUGUCAGCGCUCUUGUGACUUCGUAGCGGCAGAUCUCGAUGGGGUUCCACACUGCCCUUGAUCUUCUCUGUCUGACCUUCCAACCGACUUCUUCUGGCUGCUGUUUCUUGGAUCCAUCUUCGGGCUCACCGGGGACUUCUCUCUUCUUCUCAUUGAGCACGGGGACAUCUUUUUUUAGAGGCACUGAUGGGGCGACGCCCACCCUCUUCCCAAAUGUGUGCUUUUCGGCUCGCGGUCCUCUCGGCAACAAAUCUGGAAAGCUGCACAUCUCUUAAGCAUUUGUAGCUCAUGGUUGAAGCAUGAAGUUGUUCCUUGGUUUAAAAUAAUGUACUUUGGGAGGGAUGGGAGAAAAUAAAUCUUGGUGUAUUGGGAAGGCUGGUGGUGAGCUG